UGUCUUUUCUUGUUUACAUAGCAACAGACUAGAAGUACCAGUGAUGAUGUCGGGGGGCAAAUCUUAUUGUUAAUGAGAAUCAGAUUCAGUACACUGCAUUUAGCUGGUUAUUAAACAUGAUCGUCACAGUGUGAUAAUGAGGUAAAAGCUGCCGCAUCCCGCUACCGCUGUAAGCUGGGGAGACUUAGCUAGGGUUAAAAGUAGGUCGAUCUGUUCUUCGAAAAAUGUCUUUUCAGGAGUCACCCCGUCCUUCAGAAGAGGAGGAGGCUUUCUACAUGCAAUGCAGAGCUGCGUAUCUAGCUGUGUUCACAUCUAGUUUGACAAAUAUCACUUCGAAACAGCAGUUAUGUCGCGUUCUUCAGCAGGCUGGUAGAAAUCCGUCCUGUGCCACUCUCAAUAAAUAUUGGACUGCUACAACAUCUAAGCUGAACUUUGAUGACUUUUGUGAGAUUCUCAAGCGUGAGAAGAAAACUGAGGAAAGCGAGCUGAUGAGAGUUUUCAAAAAGAUGGAUGUGAAUGGUGACGGCUACAUCACACACAGUGAACUGGAGAAGGCCUUAACCACUAGAGGAGAGAAAAUGACAACAGAGGAGGUGAAUGCUAUCUUCUCAUUAGCUGACCUCAACAAGGAUGGCAAACUGGACUAUGGAGAAUUCUGCAGAUUGUUUGUGUCUACAGUAGAGCAGUGUCAAACUGCUGCUUUGGAGAGACUUGAGGCUGAUGCCAAACUGAAGAGGCUGAACUUUGGCAGUCAAUCAUACAGCCCGCCAAAGAGCUCCGUGUCAUCAGCACCAUCAGCGGCAGCAACUAAAGUGGCAGCAACUCAACGAGCAGACUCAGACGCAGCACCAAAGAAAGACGUCCGAUCAUCUUCCCGGCCUUCUUCAGCUCGCAGCAGACGUUCGUCUCUGUCGAGCUCAAUCACGAUGACAUCCAGCAGCAGUAAAGUCAACAAAAUCCCAGAGCCUUCAGGUUUACAGGAUUGGCAUCACAGUUUUAUGAAAGGAGGCUUCUUUUUAGAAGACGAUGGGGGUAUCAGCUCUCUGCAGUACCAGCUCCAUGUCCCCCACACAACAACCGUCUACCUAACCAUCCAACCACUCAGCCUUAGCCACAGACCUGACCAGCCGUCAUCAUGGAUGACGGUGGACACGGCGCUUUUUGUCAUGUCAGCUGGAGAAACUAAAGAAGACACAACUUUAGUGUGUUUCACUGAGUCAAAAGACAAAGAAAAGUAUAUUUGGAAAGGAGAGUUGAAUGCUGGGACAUACCACCUGCUUCCCUUCACCACUGGCUGCAGGCUAAAAAAAAGGAGCAAAAAGAGUCCAUCUAGUAAACCUGUGGAGCUAGUCUACAGGACUGACACUGAAGAACUAGACCUUACUAGGGAGUUCAGGGAGGUGCUGUCUGACAUUUUUGAGAUGAUCGACCUGGAUGGCAACGGUUUGCUCAGCCUGGAGGAGUACAAUUUCUUUGAGCUCAGAACCAGUGGAGAAAAGUGUGAUAAGGAUGCCUGGGCCAUCUGCAAAGAAAACUUUGAUAUGAGAAAAAACCAGCUGACACGACAAGGAUUCAUGGAGCUGAACCUGAUGGAGGCCACAGAGAAAGAUGGUGAUCCUGCAGACCUGUGGGUCACCCUGGAAGCCAUGGGUUACAACCGUAUGCUGGAGCUAGUAGAGGCCUGUCCAUUCCAGAUAGAUGUUCACUGUGAAAGCACUCAGCCAUCCAUCCAGCCACUCAGUAUGGAUUCAGGACCCAAGCUUCUUAACCAAGCACUCCAAAAGUCCAUCACAGCCAGGACAGGGGCCAAAGCACUGAGAGGACAUGAAAAUGUGCUCAUCUACACAUACAGAGGGGAGCACAGGAUCUCCUCCCUAAUUACCAACAAGACUAACCAGAAAGUGACUGUGCAUGUAAACAACGAGCAGGGCAGGAACUGCUGCAGCAGCAGAGGCAUGACCGUGUUUGCUGUAGAAGUGCCAGCCAGGACUAAAAUGGUGUGCCAACACGUCCUACCCAUCAACGAAAAACAGGACUGGAUCUACAGCUGUGUGGAAACCAUACUACCUGGCAUGUAAAGUUAUCCAACCUGAAAAUGCAGCUCUUUAUAAUCUAGUUAUUGAUUUGACGGGCUAAAAUUUAUUCAUCAAGGUUUUAGAUAGGAGAACUAAAGAGUAAUUUGUUCUGUAUCCACUGGCAUUAUAUCAUGAAUGUGAAUUAUCAUAACUUGUUCUAAUGAUUAUGUGUAUUUUUACUGUGAGAAAUGGAUCUCACUGCCUAAUCAGUUCAGCUGUCUGACAUGUUACCUGGCCUGUAAUACUGAAUGUGUCAGUAGCGGAUGACUUUGUACAAUGUCUGAUUUAUAAUGGAAAGAUUUAACAAAUUUCCUUUUGUUAAAUUGUUUUAUUUUCCUUCUGUUGUUUAUUAUUAAUAUUAUUUCUCUUGGUUGAAUAUUUCUAACAUUUCCAAAAUUAUUUUAUCAUGCCACAUUAGAGUGUUGUUUAAUUAUUAAGGGCAAGACAAUACUUGUUUUUUUUUUUUGUUUUUUUUUUAACAUUAAAAACCAUUUUUAAUAACUCAUGUCAUGCAACAGCGCUCAUGUUGCUGAAUGUAAUUACCAUGUUGUUUCAGCAGGACAGAUUAAAGGAAAAGAACAAAGUUUCA